AUAAUGGGAGGGUCACGUCCACGUCUAUGUGUUGGGUUUAGGCACAAAACUAAUAAUGUUCUUGUCUCACCACUCUCCUAAUCUCUUCCCGGAUUUGCCGCUUUCUUCUUCUCUCUCUAAACCUUUUGAAAGUAUUCACCUUUCUAGGCAAAACGCUAACGCAGAUCUUAACCCAGCUACUGUGAUUUCAAUUUCUACUGUAAUAUUAAUUCUGGUGAUCGGAUUCGUUUGAUCAGCAUCUGGGUUUUUGCAAAGCGUCCUUGUUACUUCCACUGAUCGAAACAUGUGGAAGUUCAAACCAUUCGCUCAGAAAGAGCCUGCGGCUGCGGGUCUCGAAGGUCGAUACCUCGAGAUAGGAAGCCUUAAAGUCCAGGUUCGAAACGUCAUCGCGGAAGGAGGUUUCUCCAGCGUUUACUCAGCUCAAGACACUACUCACCCCUCGAAGCAGUACGCUUUGAAGCACAUGAUAUGCAACGACGAUGAGUCUCUCGAGCUCGUGAUGAAAGAGAUCUCGGUACUGAAGUCUCUGAGAGGGCAUCCCAACGUGGUCACUCUCUACGCGCACGGGAUAUUGGAUAUGGGGAGGGGUAAGAAAGAAGCUCUUUUGGCUAUGGAGUUUUGCGGUAAGUCUCUUGUGGAAGUGCUUGAGAGCAGAGGCGGUGGUGCUGGUUACUUUGAAGAGAAACAAGCUCUUGCGGUUUUUAGAGAUGUGUGUAACGCUGUCUUUGCAAUGCAUUGUCAGUCCCCGCGCAUUGCUCACAGAGACUUGAAGGCAGAGAAUCUGCUACUUAGUUCAGAUGGACAGUGGAAGUUAUGCGACUUUGGAAGCGUUUCAACAAACCACAAAGUAUUCGAAAGAGCAGAAGAGAUGGGGAUUGAAGAAGACAAUAUUAGGAAACACACAACACCAGGAUACAGAGCUCCUGAGAUGUGGGAUCUCUUUCGAAGGGAGGUGAUAAGCGAGAAGGUUGAUAUAUGGGCUCUUGGAUGUCUUUUGUUUCGGAUAUGUUAUUUCAAGAAUGCAUUUGAUGGAGAAUCAAAGCUGCAGAUUCUAAACGGGAACUAUCGUAUACCAGAAUCACCUAAGUACAGCUCAUCUGUUACGGAUCUUAUCAAAGACAUGCUUCAAGGUUCACCUGAUGAACGACCAGAUAUUACACAGAUUUGGUUUCGUGUCAACGAGCUGCUUCCUGUUAAUUUACAAAAGUCAUUACCAGAUCAACCACCUGAAAUGGGUUCAUCAAAACCAGCAAGCAAAUCUUCUCCAGCACCUCGUAGAAGUCCACCACCUCCACCACCAUCAUCUGGAGAGCCAGCUAGUAGUGGAGGCCCUCUUGGUGCCUUUUGGGCGACUCAGCAUGCUAAAACCUCGGUUGUAUCAGAAGACAACAAAGGCAUGCCUAUAUAUGAUGAACCAAACAGCCACAAUAGUCAUCAUCAACCCAACAAGACUAGUCCUGCUGCAACCAAUAACAGGUCAAGAGUGUCGAAGGAUGAUUUUGACACGGCCAAGCUCGAUAAUGGUAAUAAACCUUCAAAGGAAGAGGCAUUGGAGGCUGAGGUAGAGAGGUUAAAAGAAGAGUUGAAGCGAACGAAGUCAGAGAAGGCUGAGAUUACGGCUAAGUUUGAAAAGCUUUCUGCUAUAUGUAGAUCGCAGAGGCAAGAGUUGCAGGAUCUCAAGCAAACCAUUGCUUCCAAAACUGUGUCGUCAUCACCGAGCAGAUACUCUCCAGGGAUGCGUUCCACUUCAUCAACUCCAUCGAGAGAUAAGGUUGAAGGAACGGUUUGGGAUCUUCAGCAAGACAGAUCUGAUUGGUCGACAGGAAGCUCGGAUCCAAAUUCAUGGCAACCAUUUAGCGAUGCAUCAAAGGGUAACAACAAUGAGUCAGUGAGAAGCAAAAGCAAACCAGCUUCGGCAAGCCAAGGUUUUGAGCGAUGGGGUUUCGAGACAGAGUCCUUCAGAGCUGCUGCUUCACCGUCUUCAGCUUCUGCUACUACAACAGCGCAAAGAUCUGUAAGUUCGGGGAGUAGUUCACAGAGAUUAGGGAACACAAAGAUGAGAGAGAACCAGAAAGCUGCUCAACCUGCUGGAUGGGCUGGCUUCUAGAAACCCACUUGAUCUCAAAAGCUCAUUUGCUAGUCCUCUUACACCAACAACAACAGCUUCUUCUUGGUUGCCAUUACAGAAUCUUGAAUCUUUUUUUUUUUUUUUUUUGUAGAUGAUCGACUAUCCUCUGUUUUUG